UAAUAUGUUGAACUGUUUGAUUCUCUACAUAUAGUCAGCACUUUUAUAAGAUUUUCUAUUUUGUUUAUACGUUUUUCUGCAAUUAUAAUGUCUCCUAAACGAAUAGACCGAGAGUACAGAAAGCAGUUGUCAGAUAAUACAUCUGCAAGAAGCAAAGGGGUAACAACAGGAACCGAUGUUAAUGGUUCCAGUGGUCAUAAGAAUUUGAAAAGAAGGAAAAAAGACAUUGCAUUCACAGGUAAAGAAGAACCUGCACAAAAUGAGAAACAUUUGAUAGCAAAGUUAAGAAAUGUGCCCACUAAUAAUAGUAGCAUGAAUAAUAUGCAGCAAAUCAAUUUGUGUCAGUCGUUAUCAGAUGACAAGCGUUAUUUAAAUUCAGACAGCAAAAAUACAAAGGGCUCCGAUGAAUUUGUCAAUUCUUCAUGUGCCAAUUUAUAUUCAAAUAAAACUCUUGAGAAACCGAAGUUGUUAAAACAGUGGUCAGGAAAAACUAGAAUGAAUUUGUAUGCCUCGAAAUCAUUAGGUAGCCCUAUUAUAAAGAAUGUUACUCCGUACAAGCACAAGAUUCCCAAGAAAUCACCAGUAAGUGUGCCAUCUGCCAAGGCACAUCCUAUUAGAUCUUCAAGAGUAUUCAGAACACGGAAAAGAUUGACACUGACAGAGAACUCUCUGUCAGAGUUCCAGGGAAAUAAGAAAUUGCCUAACAAUAACAAGAUGCAAUUAAAGUUGCAUGUAUCUGAUACUGACCUAAGUGCAAGUUGCAGCUUAUCCAAUCGUUAUGCAUCAACAUUUGUUACGAAAGAAACCAGUAGAAGUACAAGUAUGCCUUCAGUUGGUGUCAAGUAUAGCACAAGAAGGUUUUCAAAACCUACAAAAAUAGUAUCAAGGUCUCCAAAAUUAAAAUUAAGAUCCAAAAAGUCAAAGGCAUCUACCAUUGAGUAUUUUCCUUACGUGAAUACUAAAUUGAAACAACCAAUAGUAUUGCUCCAAAGACUUCCCAAUAUUGUUACAAUUAUGCCAUCCUCGUUACCUGUAUCAUCAUCUAUGGUAAAGAUACGUAUAAAUGAUCGUUUUGGCGAUAACAAUAUAAAUGUUUCUCGAAAAAUAUUCAAUUUUGCAUUCGAUCACCCGCGGCAACUAUUAAAAAUGUCUAACAAACCAGGCAAAAGACAUACUAGGAGUAAAAACUAUAGCAACGAUGAACAGAACGAAACGUUGUAUAAGUUACAAGAAAAUACCGGAACGCGUCUCCGCGAAAAAUCUCUGAGUGGUAAAAUGAUGUUAAUGCAUGAAUGUGGCGACGCGAGUCAAACUUCUUCGGGAUCUCUUAUAUCCUCUACACCCAAGGAUAAGGAAAUACUUAAUGAACCAGGGAAGAAAUGCAAACGACGAAAAAUGUCUCCCGAAUGGGAUACUACUUCCAAAUUAAAUAAGUGCAGUACACGUAGCAGUCAAAACGAUAAUGUAACCGUAACAAUGGAAGAUGAACAAGAGGGGAUGAAAAUAAAAAAUGAAACCUAUGAACUUAUCGAACCUAAGACUCCAAAUUUACGAAAGCGGUUGCAAGAGAAACGAGAUGUUGAAGAAAAUAAUUUGAACCAGAAAUCCGCAAAGAAAAAUGUUAAAAUACGCUUCACAAGCUCCUCAUCAAAUAGGAAUUCUAAUUACAAUACUCGAUCCGGUGGGCGUUUAAAUAAAAAGGACAGAUCCGACGAUGAUCUCAAAAAUAUCACAUCUACAGCUAGCCUGAAAAAGAAUAUUUUGAAGUCAAGGAUAAGUGUUUUCCGUAGGAGAUCGAGAUCGAAUAGCGGCCAAGUCAUUCCUACCGUUGAUCCCUUUACUCCUUCACAAAUUGGCCGCAAAUCAACCACUUCUGUUGUUAAUGUUAAUAUCGCUACACCUCCGCAGCAGUUCAUGUCCCGUCAAAAUACAAAAUGGCUCUCUGCGACGAAGAAGGUGCCAAAUUUCGCUAAUAUCCAUAACAAGAUAUUUACCAAAUCAGAAUCUAUUGCAGAUGCAAAGAAUCGAUUAAAAGACAGACACACUGCAUUCACUACGUCGAGGAUCAAUAAAUCAACAAAAGGAGAGAUUAACUUAAACGAGGAAGGGGAUCAGUUAUCGAAGGGUUCAAAUAAGGAGACGUACAAUCGAUUUGGAUUUAAGAUGAGAAAACGCAAAGCUACCGAUUGUAUUUUGAGAAAUAGUAGUUCACAUUCGGCAAGAUGCAAAGAGCAGUGCAGAGCGAUUUUGAAGGGCGUAAGAACAAACCGGCGUUUUGAGCUUCAAAUGAAACUGAGAAACGUAAACCUUUAA